AUGGCCUACGAUCCGGAGAAGGGCCUUGCAACAGGCGAGUACUCAACUGAAAAACAUAGUUCACCCGAGGUGAUUUCAGUUGACGAUGCCGCCUCUCACGAGACCGGUAUCCUCGCUAGGAUACGCGCCCUGGAAGCUAGGCUGGACAAGAAGCUCGGUAUAGAGUCCGACGCCAUUGAGCGCAAGCGCGCGGAAGAUAAGAGAAAGGUGCACUGGGUGGAGGAGAUCUCAAUGGCGGCUCUGUGGGCGAGUGGCACGAUGAACACCUCGUGCUUUGCGACUGGCUUCCUCGGCUGGGAAUUUGGCCUGACCCUGAAACAAUCGAUCCUCAUCACGAUAUUUGUGUCAAUCUUGGCUGCAUCGCUAAGUGGAUUCUGUGCCACCUUUGGCGCUGUGACUGGCUUGCGUCAAAUCAGUGUUAGUCGGUACAGCUUCGGUUGGUGGCCUAACAAGUUGGUCGCCUUGUUGAACGGAAUCCAGCAAAUGGGCUGGGCUGCUGUCGCGUGUAUCACCGGAGGUCUCGCGUUGACGGCAGUUUCCGACGGCCACGUCUCUUUGAUUCUUGGAAUUGUCAUUUUGGCAGUCGUGGCCCUCUUGAUCUCUUUCGUCGGGUUGAAAGCCAUUCUGGUCUACGAGAGGUGGGCCUGGAUGAUCUUCCUGGUCAUUUUCCUGAUCAUCUAUGGCGAGACUGGUGAAUAUGCAAACAAUUCAGCCCCGGCUACCGUGACCGGCUCCUCUUUCUCCGGCGCCGUUCUCAGUCUGAUUGCGGUCGUUUAUGGAUCCAGUGCCUCAUGGUGCACCAUGGCGAGUGACUAUUAUGUUCACUACCCUGCCAACACGAGCCGUGUGAAGAUUUUCCUCAUGACCACUUUUGGUAUCGCAAUUCCGACCUCGAUCGGCAUGGUCGCUGGCUGCAUGGUUGCGUCUGCUUUGAAUGAUAAACCCGACUGGUCUGCCGCAUACGAUCAAGGAAUUGGUUAUCUGAUUCAAGAGAUGCUUCAUCCUCGUGGAUUCGCCAAAUUGCUUCUUACUCUCCUCGUCCUGUCCGGUAUCAACGUCAACGUCAUCAGUAUCUAUAGUUCCGCCAUCUCUUUCCAGCAACUUGCCCGACCUUUUGCUCGUAUUCCUCGGUCUCUUUGGACCCUGUUCUGUUUCGCCUGUAUCCUCGGCCUAUCGAUUGGUGGUCGACAAAAGCUGAAUGAAUACCUCCAAAAUUUCCUGAGUCUGUUGGGAUAUUGGUGUACAAGUUACGCCGUCAUUUUGUUCGAGGAACACUUUAUCUUCCGCAAGGGCAACUUCGACAAUUACGAUCUCGAAGGAUGGAACGACCCAGCGAGGCUUCCGUUGGGUAUUGGCGCUGGUGUGGCCUUUGCCCUCGGAGUAGUGGCGUGGUGCAUGGGAAUGGAUGAGACAUGGUUUAUUGGUCCUCUCGCGGCGACAAUUGGAGAUGCCGGCGGUGACGUGGCCAACGAAUUCACAUUUGUCGUGACGGCUCUGGCUUAUGUACCGGCAAGGUACUUGGAGCUUAAGUACUUUGGUCGAUAA